AUGUUCCCAACACUUCCUACAGUCUUCGUCUCCUUCUCAGUUUCCUCUCCUCCUCUCUCCUCUCUCCUCUCUCCUCUCCUCCUCUCUCCUUUCCCAGAGGUUUCUCACGUGUUUCACCAUGUGUUGGAGCUGCUGAGCGACGGCGUGCUCCUGCUCGGGGACAGCGUCUGCGAGCUGGUGUGGGACGACCGCAGCCUGGUGGGGACGGAGCUGAAGCAAAAGCUGCAAGCCUGCAUGGAGCUAUUGGGGGAAAUCCUCAGCUACCAUCAGAGCGUUUCAGCAGAUAUUCCCCGCAGUGCUCAGGUUCAUCACAGGAUGGCAUACACAAGCAUCUCUAUAUUCACCAUCAAACUCCUGCAGACCAUCCUCCCUCCUGAGAAGGCUGGUGAACAUCUCCCAGAAAGCACAGCAACCGCUAUUUUCCACCUGUGCUUGGACACGUCGUUGGGGAGUUUAUUACCCAGCAUGCACCAGGCAGCGGUGGCCUACCUGGAGCAGGUGAACUCUGACAGCCACGACCUCUACAGGAGGGUGAGCCGCGCCGCCCUCUGGAUGGAGUCCACCUGCAACUUCAUGAAGGAAGCACAAGCUGAGGGAGAGAAGAACUGGGUGGAGUUGCUGGAGCUGGCAGACCAGGCGAUAAACGGCCUCUCGCUGCACCAACACCUCCCCGUCAUCAAGGAGUGUGUCCACAUCUGCUCUCACCUGUGGAUGUUUGAGGACCCCAGCCCCCUCCUCCAAAGAGAGAGCCAGAAACUGCUCCUGAAGCUUCUGUCCCAUCCCUCACUGCCUGUCAGAGCGGAAACAUACCAAUGCACUCUACGCCUGGCCAAGGACUGCCUCGGCAUCCAGAAUGUGGCACGAAAGGAAGUGGCGGCCUGCGGCGGACUCAACUUCCUUAUCCACCACAGGGUGCUCUACGAAAUCACUGCUUUCGGACUCCAGGAUUCUGCAGAGAAGGUGAACGUCGCCGCCAAGGAUAUCCUGCUAUUCGUGCUCAAAGGACGAUUGAUGAUGACAGCAUCCACCUGGGACAGAUUCAACGAGGCACUUCACCCGGUCAUGCCCGUGUUACAGGGCUAUGCCGGCACUGAAGACUCGCUGGGAAACUGUGUCCUGCUGAUAAGUGACAUGUCGGACGGGUUUCCAAGCAAAGCCAAGCUGAAAGCAGCGCUGCGACUCCUUUUCACGAAACAACCCACUGUGAGAAUAGCAGCAGUGCAACAAAUCCUGCCCCACUUAAGCAGCCAUGAUGAUGCUGGUGCAGCCAGACCAGAGCUGGACCAAUCAGUGAUCUCCUCUCUGCCGAACCUCUUCUGCCUCCGACAGCCUGCAGACGUCUCGCUGGACACCUGCAAAAAGUCUGUCCUCAAGGUGGAGUCGGUGGAGAAGCUGUUUGGUAUCCUGUCCUCGGACACUGUUGACCUCUCUCUGAAAAGAUCAGCAGGGGAGCAACUGUCUGUCGUGCUGCAAGACACAACAAUGCACCCAGUGCUGAAGAAUCUGGGAAUAACAGACAAAGUCAUUUCUUUCAUUGUGGGGAGUGUAAACGGCAACAAGGAGUAG